AUGGAACGUCCCAGGAAAAACUUGUCGACUAUCACAAAGCUUUGCCUAUUGUGCGCGGUCUUCGUGGCUGAUGUUUGUUUUCCCAUCGUCGAGGCUUCAAGAUCGGGUAAAAAUUUAUCACUUUAUUUUCAUUUUGUUGCCUCUUGAAAAGGUUCAUAACGUAGAGGGUAAUAUUUUCCUUCCUUCUAGGACUUUUUUGCAUAACAUAAGAAUACGCAAAUUAAGAUUGAAAACAAAUUAAGACUUAACAACUCAGAACAAAUCAUAAAUGCACCGCUAUAUAAUAAACGACUUUGUUGUAUUAUGUAAGAGUUAGAAAAUUUAAGCUUACUUUAGUGUAUGGUUACAAUAUGUAUAAGAUUUUGAUGAAGGUUUAUGCGUUUGCAAGUGACAGCUAAUCGUUUUACGUCUGUUAUAGCUUAAACAUUCUCUUCAAAAGUUCAAUACUACAAAGUUGGUACCCUAGUAAAGAAAAUUCUUAUCUGACGUGAAAGAGUCAUUAAGUAAGUUUAUUUUCUUUGUCUGGGUACGUUGUCUAUCCUUUGAGCAGGGGUCAAUUUUCGAACUAUGUUCUAGCGUGCGAGAGCUCAAUCUCUGUCAACAACCGCCUGAUUUCCAACGACGAGUAUUACUGUUAUCCAAAUAACUGGUUUUUAUGAUCUGGCUCAAAAUGAUGUCAUGACUAUCUGUUGUUGAUGUCUGUGCUACUAUAGAGAAACCUCUAUUAAGCGGACAACUUCGGGACCUUCCCAAGUGUCCGGUUAAUAGAAGGUGUCUGCUUAAUAGAGGUUUAUUUGUAAAAAUUGUGCAAUGCUCGUUAACGAUUAACAUUCAACAGUAACUGUUACUCUGAACUGUGAUAAAGUUUCAUGUUGUUGAGGAAGCUAAGGAAGCUGUGCUGUACUUUGUAGAAGACUUUGAGGUGAACUUUUGACAGCUAAAUAUAUUGAUUUAUCUUUAUUAAUCGACUACAGUAUGUAUAUCAAGGACGUAAUCCUAUGCUACUAUUGUCAAUUCCGUCCGGUGUCCACUUAAUAGAGGUUUUUAACAAUAGAAAUUAGCCAAAUACAAUUUAUUUUAGUGUCCGCUUCUUCUUAAUAGAGGUGUCCGCUGAGUAGGGGUUCGUUAUAAAGGAAAAUAUAAUACACAGUUUUGAGACCCAGCUUAGUGUCCACUUAAUAGAGGGUGUCUACUUAAUUGGGGGUCCGCUUAAUAGAGGUUUCACUGUAGUUUCAAAUGAUUUUCACCAAUCACAGAUUUCCAAAGGAAAUCAUGGUGACAUAUUUUGAAAAUAGUUAAUCACGCAUUCUCUUGUUUAAUGCCCAAUCACACCUCACACAUCUAAUUUGGACCUCUUCACAUAUCCCAAUCAUAAUAAAUUUGGGGCCCAUCACCCAUCAGGGAAAACCCCUUUGCCACCUUGGUGUAUCCAGUGGAACAAAAAAGUGACUCUCUUGUGGAGAUCAGGUGACCAUAAGUAGGGGAAUACAAUGUAAUAAUAAGCAAUAAGUUGUUGGAUGAGUUAGUUAGUUAGUUUGGUUGGGUAUCAGGUCUGAUUGUAUGAAUCUUCCCUGCCAAUCAUACUUGUCCAGCAUUGCUGUUCUCAGUUUUCCAAUAUAUUGUCCUCAAGCAUGAUGAGGCUGAAAAUGAUGUCAAGAGUCAGUAUUCAUUCAAGGUUUCUCAAUUUCUGAUUGGCUUAAAUUCCCCAGUCAAUUCUUUGUAACCAGGUCCCAUUGACCAAAAAUGGAAGUCAUGUGGUCAUAUAUUAGCACAAUGAAAUAUAUAAUAUUGUAAAGAUAUCAACAGAAAAAGGGAUAGCAAGGCACAGUUGUGCUGAUAGCUGUUUAGGCAGAGAUGGAGAAAACAGUGGAUGAUUUCACAUGUUUUGCAAGGAAGAAAUAGCCAAACUACUGCCUAAAACUCAGCAAGCAAACAUUCCUCCCAAUGUAUGGAAACUGCUAUUUGAAGAAUAUAUGCUCGACAAAAUAUCCCUUUAUAACCUAAAACUGCAAAGGAACAGGCAAAUGUCAUGAAGAGGGUUCUCAUUAAUCUUUAAAGUAUAGACAGCUAGGAUGUUAAAGUAGGCAGCUUGGUAAUUGCGGAGUGCUGUAGGCAAUUUCAGGCUUUUACUGUCUCACUUAACCUUAUUUCUGCAAAAAGUAGACGGUGCAAACCUCCAAGCAGCCGGUUUUUUAGCCGGCUGCCGUCACUUAAUAAAGAGAACCUUGAUGAAGAUAAGAAAAAUGUCAAUAGUGUUUUAAAACUUAAUAUAUAUUGCUUACUACUAGUUAUAGCUAUGGCUAAGUGCUAACGAGCAAAGAUUUUACUUAUACAUUUGCGCGCUGUUUAAUUUGUGUAGAAAUGUCAUAAAUUACCGUUACAAUAAAAAUUCCAGUGGGCAAAUGUGACAGCUAUACCUUAUUAUAGGAAAUUAGCGCUCCAUGAAAUUAAGGUAUUGGAAAUUAACGCGACUUAAAUUAACGCAAAUUUAAUGGAAAACGACUUUCGGAUAAAGAAAAUUAACGCGAAAGAGGAGGUAGAAUUUCAUAAUAAAGGAAAUUAACGCGAUUAAUUACACGAAAUCAAAGGAAAAGAUGUUCGUAUCACUUCUGAUAGCGACAACGAUGAAGAUGAACUCAAAAUAUUGUAAACCUUCGCCCUAGCUUUUGUGAAAGAUGAAAAAUAAAGGGUAAAUGGAAAGAAAGAAAGCUUGUAGUUAAUGUUUUUUAGGUGUCAAGAAUGUCUGGACAGGUUCCAAAAUUGGGGUUAAGAUACUGGAAAUUAAGAGCACAGAAAUUUAAGCUGCACUUAAUUAAUGUAGCGGAAAUUAACGCUCAACAAAAUUAACGCGACUUAAAUUAACGCAAAUUUUAACGAUUCGGUUAAUUUCAUGGAGUGUUAUUUUCCUAUAAUAAGGUAUAAGCAUAUGUUGCAAAUGAAUCCACCCGACAAUUGGUUGAAGAUGGGAUGAGCACGGGACUCUCAAACAUGCACACAGUCCGUGGAUUCUCUGUUCUGUAUCACGUGUUUGCUCGAAAACAAUGCAUUCUCUGUUCUGCAGUGCGUCAUAAAAGUUCCCUUACACUUUAUAAUGUGACAUCGCUUUGAGAUUCAUUCUGCCUCGGAACUUUCGCGCACGGCUUUAAUUUAUUAGGCUGCCACCUUGCAGCCUUGCGUCUUUGCGAGACUGCUCAUUGGCAAUUAAUGUAUUUGAUAUAUAAUAAUAAAUUAUAAUGAUUGAAGUCAUUAAUUUAACUAGCAAAAUAAUUAUUUAUGAAUGAGGGAUAGGAGACCAAGGAAAUAAUUAUUGAAAAUCAACUUAGGUUAAAAAAUUUCAAAUUAUUGUAACACUUUUAUUAAUAUUUUAAUAAUAUGUCAUUUAUCAUAUAAUUGUGCUAAGUUUUGCACAUUGUGGCCCAUGCAAACAGUUUUAAUUUGUUUACAUGACUAUAAUCUGUUUAAUAAAGACCCAAAUAGUAAAGAACUGAUGCUUGUAGGACUCCCUUGUAGUCCUUUAUCUCACAAAUAUUAAUUGGCCCAAAUAUAAAAGGGUCUGUUAUUAGCAAAAUGUGCAUUUUUGUUUAUGUUUUUAUAAUACUGCUCAGCAUCUGUGCGCAGCGUGAUUUGUAACCUCUAUAUAGUUAUAACUGUUUUUUAGGCUGCUCUGAUCCCCUUGGUAUGAAAGAUGGAAGAAUAGAGAAUUCCCAGCUGAGCUCCUUUUCGCAUUAUCGCAAUAAACAGGAUUGGGCAGCCAGCCAGGGAAGACUGGGUAACAGCAAGGCCUGGUGCAGCAAUUCAAAUGACAACCGGAAAGAAUACUUUGAAAUUGACCUGCUUAGGGUCAGACAUGUAUCAUCUAUGGAUAUGCAAGGAUAUCGUGGCUGGAUUGGCUUAUAUCGUAGAAGCUACUAUGUAAAGACUUUCACUGUAAACUACAGUUAUGAUGGGGUAACUUGGUACAUUUAUAAGGCCAACGAUGGUGCUGAAUUGGUAAGUAUCAUAAGAACAUACUGGUAGUGUGAUGGGCAAAUUCCAGCCCAAAUGUGCAAUUUACAGCCCUUACACAAGGCAAUGAGCAGCCCUGUCUUUCAAAUGGGAUUCCCCAUUAGUUUUCAUCACUCACUUUCAAUAAUUGUUAAAUUCACUGCCGUAUUUGUUACAAAUCCUUAGUUUGGUUUUGCUUUAAAAUUGUCAGCAGGUCCUUGAUUUAAUUUGAAGAGUGUCAUUUGAAGAUUUUGAAGACUGUAGUGUGCUAUUUUCUUUGUCCUUCGAUUACAAUAACAUCUGCCUUGACUGAUUGUUUUGAUGAUUGGAAGUGAAUUAUGAUGAAUCAGGAGUUAGAGAGAAUUACUCUGGGGUAAAUGUUGUGAAAGAUGUUUGCAGUAAUUUUUUUGCAGGACAACAGAAAAAUCGCAAAAAUUAGAUCUUGCAAAAAUUUUGUGGCACACAGUAUCUCCACUCUGCAUAAUUUAAAAUGUAUUUAUUUUGUGGCAUAACCACCCUCCUUAAACCAGUGGGUAAUCUACUUGUUAUAUCUUUCCUAUUUUGGUUUUCUAAUCUUUUAGCACUAACCUUUGAUUUUUUUUUAUUCCCAUUUACUCUUAUUAAGACUUUUACUGGAAAUAGCAAUGCUAAUGAUGUGAAGACUAACCAAUUCAGAGACACAUUUGUGACAAGAUUCCUUCGAAUACACCCCAAGGAAUUCUAUCGUGACAUGUGCCUUAGAUUGGAGUUCUAUGGUUGCAGUGAUGAAGCAGGUAAGUGUCACCAUUUUAGAAACUUAGGGCCAAAUAUUUAAACCUAAUUUAGCCAGUGUUUAACAAAACCGCAUUCUAAGUCAUUUUCAAUUUGCCCACCGAUUUUAUCUAAACAUCAUUUACUGUGAACAGUUUUAUGAAAGUAUAUAGAGAAGACUAGAAAAGCUAUUAUCUUCUUAAAAUAACCCACCAAAGAAGAGAUGUGGAGGUUCAAAGAUUGGUUAAACUGCAGCUUAAGUCGCAUCAGUCGAUCGAAAAACAGUAAAUUGAUCUUGGUUUCCCUUCAAGUACCUUCAAGAUGCAGGGGGUAUUAAUUGUUAUCAUUUCAGAAUUCAGAGUUUUUAUUCUCCUCUUUGUUUUGCAUUAAUUUUGUGGUCGUAAGUUUGAGUUGUUCUGCAUUCCCGCACGAAAUGGCGUUAAUUCUAUCAACAUUAUGCCCGUGAGACGAAUAACAACUCGUAAGCUUGCCCUGAUUAAGGUAAUUUCACAAAUAUAACGGACUUAUUACUUUCUCUGUUUCAUUUAAAGAAAGAGAUGAGCAAAAAUUACAGAUCAGGUUACUUUGUGGUCGUGUAGUGUGUUUUAAUGUUGCAAGAUCACUCAAAUACAUGGAAACAGAAGCAUUCAAGCUUCUGAUGGAAACCGUUGGGUACUAACCAUAAGUUGCCUCAUUCUUCUACUUUAAUAGUCUUUCUUCGUGUAAAUGAACUUUUCCAGAGGGGUUGGGGGGUCUUUAUCACACUUGUGGAAAUUCUGAAGGGGUGGGGGGUCAUCAGUUCCCUGCAAAAAUGGAAAAUCCAGGGAGGUGGGGGGGUCCUAAGUGAAAUUCCCUCCGUGGUGGGGGUCUGGAUAUUUUCUGGAACUACACAUUUUUAUUUGGUUGUCUUCGCGUACAUUGAAUACUCUAUUUUAAUUCAUAUUUUGGGUGUUUUUUUUUAAAGUUUCCUGGACAUUAAUUCUAGAAGUAUACUCUGUUAGAUGUUCUUGUAUGAAUAUCAUAAGAAUUAUCAGAACAUCCCAAUUGUAUAUGGUCGGGAUUGGGAAUUUUCAAGCAAAAUUGGGAGAAUCCCAACAAAAUGGUUGGACAGUCUGAGUUGUACAGGAAAUGAAUAGGGACAACAAAUGAGAAUUUGAACUUUGAUUUAGCUAGGGUUUGUAUAAACCCUACAAAUUAAUAUGCUCAACUAUUCCACUUUAUUGUUUUCAGAUGACUGUACUGAAUACAUUACUGAGCCCAGUGGAUCUAUAAGAAGCCCAGGCUACCCCAACAUCUAUCCUCACAACAAGGACUGUACUUGGCUUAUUUCAGUUAGCAGUGGCAUGUACAUUGCUCUUAUGUUCACACAUUUUGAUGUUUACCAAGGGGCAAAUCCCCAAAAGUGUAGCAAUGACUUUGUAGAAGUUAGGGAUGGGCUUAGUGAUAUCUCACACAAUAUUGGUGGAAAGUACUGUAAUGGAAACAUGGCCAUGUUAAUAUUGACUCCUGGAAACUUUGCACGAGUCCAUUUCCUCUCUGGUAGUGCCAGCCCCAGCUCUCAUAAUGGAUUUGUCUUUGAAUACCUCUCACUAAAGCGAGGUAUUUUUAAUAUGCAAAGUGAAGUUUAAAUCAAUUUUUCCAUAACUGAAAGCUUAAAUUAUUAUUAUUAUUAUUAUUACUAUUAUUAUUAUUAUUAUUAUUAUUAUUAUUAUUAUAAUUGUUAUAUUAUUGUAUUAUCCCAUAUAUGUGCCCACUUUUGCAACACCUUUUCUGUAAGUAUGUGGGAUAAUUUCUGAAAUAAGUUCCUGAAUGGACUGGUAUGUACCUUCUAAAGGGCUAGGUUGGGAAAUUCAUGACUUGUGAGCAUAUUCAGACCCCAAAAAGGGGCUAAAACGUCCCUGCUAUACUACUUUACUAGUAUAAAAUACUAGGCAUAUCUGCUCCUUGGUAGGUUGAUCUGGUUGAAUAUCUUUCUCAUUCUUUAACUCAAACUUUUUAAUGCAAGCAUAUAACUUUUUUUCAGGUUUAGAUGAUGUGCUUACUGCUAAAGUAUGCUCUGGUGACAUGUUAGCACUGAAUUGCUCAAGUUAUGAUUAUACAAUCAAUAUUCUUCAUGCUUGGUACCAGACAUCUCAUAGCUGUGCACAAAACCGCAGUACAGAAGUAUCUUCAUGUCCUCCAUUUGAUGCCAAGGAAACUAUCGUAACACACUGUCAGCACUACAAGGAAUGUCACAUUACUUUGAGCCAAUCUCUAUUUAAUUAUACCUGUGGUUUUGAAAGACCUCAACUGAAAGUUUUCUAUCAGUGUACAAGCAAAAAUCAUAAAAGUAAGUAUGGAACCCUGUGGUAUGACCUCACGGUUAAUACAUCCACACCUUCUUGCAAUCACUUCUCUUUCUGUGUGUGUACAAAAGUUUGCUAAUCCUUAUUCUACUUCCCUGUUAAUGUGGCCACCCCUUUUUUUAACAAAUUAAUUUACCCUAUGACAACCUUUUUGCCAACUUUCUUCAAUGAUUAUUUUAUGAUGUCAAUGUGCAGACCAUUUGAAUGAAGAGUGAAACAGUUUGGCAAGUGAGACAAUCAAUUAAUCUGCUAUUUGAUUGAUGUAGCGAGCUUCAAACAUUAUUAAAAGUUGUACGAAGUGCAUUCCCAAUUACGUUUUGAAAGUGUUAAUUAUUUUUGUCAUCAACAGUUCGGAAAGGCUUUGUUUCAUAAUGUUAUCCCACCAUGGCCACGCCAUUAAUAUAACCAGUCGCAGAGAACAAUAUUGUCUGAAAGUUUUCACAAAUUUGUUUGUAACAAACAGGGUUUUCAUUGAUAAGAAGUAAUUGUCUUAGGGCACUUGUUAAUUGUCAAAACUGGCUGAGUGGUCACAGCGGUCUUUUGAAAAUGAAACAGGCUUUUUUGGUUGGAGUGUUUUUUUUAGUACAUGCAAUCCUUUCACUGCCUUUUGUCUUAUUCUCUUUAUGAGUGAACUGGUUUUGGCCAGCCAUUUCUGGUUAAUGGUGAGUGCCCUAAAUUUACUUAGUAGCAAUACUGAGCCCCAUCACUUCAACACAACACAAGGUUAAUCAUACUUUUUUGUCAUUUAUUUUCUCUUACUAGCACGAGCGCCGACACCUCCACCAACACAACCAACCACUAAAGCACCAUCAACGACCACACCUUCUACCACUAGUCCCCCCAUACCAUCACAAUCAUUGAUAGGUGAUUAUACCAGCUCUUCAACCCCUGUUUCAUCAACAGACAUUACAACCACAAUCCCUCCAUCACAAGCAGUCUUUUCUGUUAGCACUGAUAUUCCUCCUACAACAAAACGUACGACAUCUUCUCCACUGGUGGUUGGAAAGGAGGCUCAGAUGGGAGGUGGAAUGUCGUCUGGAAGAUUGGUUGCCAUUAUUGUGGUAGUGAUUGCAGUGAUUGUUGUUACAAUCCUGAUUCUCCUUUGCCUUGUUCACAAGAAAAGGUAAGAGAAAUGAGAAGAUGAGUUUUUAUAUUCAGUCUGAAUGGCUGAGUGUGGUCAUUGCAUUGGACUUGCAGUGUGGUAGUCUCAGUUUCAUGCCCAGCUCUUGACCCACACUCACUUCAUUUUUUAGCUGCUUCAAAUCCUUGGGCGUGAUUGUAAUUUAACAGCCAGUUCUUUGCCAGUUACUGCCAGUUGGGUUUUUGUCCUAUUUAUGUAUUAUUUACUUGGAAUUGUUUGAGUGGAGUGCCUGAAAAUAGCGUCCAGCAGCUAAUAUAAGUGCACUUCCACUACAAACAAAUCAUUUAUGUUUCUACAUUCACUUGCAUGAAUAGGAAUGCAGAAAUUCUGAAUGGAAAAGAAAUUGUUUUGUGCCUUGUGAAAAUGAACUUCAGCUUUCAUCAAGAGUUAAGCUGAUAAAUUCUGUAUGUGCACAUCUACUCUCUUGCUAGCCAUUCUAAACAAAAGAUGUUAAAUAACCAUUUUCUCCAAAAACUGGUGUCUAGGGGAAAUUCAGACCCGUUCUGGCUAAAACUUUGGCUCUCAUUUGAGACAAUGCAUUCUUAUUAUUGUUCUUAGUUUUUUUCAGCAGUCCUUUUUGCUACCCAGUCACUGGUAACUUUCCACCCAAUUUCAUGUUAAAUUGUCACACAUUUUCAUGCCCACAAUUCUAAACCAGACCAUUUUUUGUUCAUGUUGCUUAAGCACCACUGAUAGGCACAGACGUUUUUAGGAAAUGAAGAACAGCUGAGCUGCGACAUGCAGUGUUGAUGACAUUAUCUUAAUGAAGACAUUAAUUUUAUAAACCUGCAGGAAAAAUAAAGGAAAAGGAAGUCAUAUGCAAAUAGUGUCAUACAGUCCAGAGAGGGAAUAUUGCUUGCCAAAUACAGGNUACUGCCAGUUGGGUUUUUGUCCUAUUUAUGUAUUAUUUACUUGGAAUUGUUUGAGUGGAGUGCCUGAAAAUAGCGUCCAGCAGCUAAUAUAAGUGCACUUCCACUACAAACAAAUCAUUUAUGUUUCUACAUUCACUUGCAUGAAUAGGAAUGCAGAAAUUCUGAAUGGAAAAGAAAUUGUUUUGUGCCUUGUGAAAAUGAACUUCAGCUUUCAUCAAGAGUUAAGCUGAUAAAUUCUGUAUGUGCACAUCUACUCUCUUGCUAGCCAUUCUAAACAAAAGAUGUUAAAUAACCAUUUUCUCCAAAAACUGGUGUCUAGGGGAAAUUCAGACCCGUUCUGGCUAAAACUUUGGCUCUCAUUUGAGACAAUGCAUUCUUAUUAUUGUUCUUAGUUUUUUUCAGCAGUCCUUUUUGCUACCCAGUCACUGGUAACUUUCCACCCAAUUUCAUGUUAAAUUGUCACACAUUUUCAUGCCCACAAUUCUAAACCAGACCAUUUUUUGUUCAUGUUGCUUAAGCACCACUGAUAGGCACAGACGUUUUUAGGAAAUGAAGAACAGCUGAGCUGCGACAUGCAGUGUUGAUGACAUUAUCUUAAUGAAGACAUUAAUUUUAUAAACCUGCAGGAAAAAUAAAGGAAAAGGAAGUCAUAUGCAAAUAGUGUCAUACAGUCCAGAGAGGGAAUAUUGCUUGCCAAAUACAGGGAAGGCAGUGAUAUGCAGCCCUGCUGACAAUAGGGAAUACUGCUUACCAGACAAUAAUGCAAAAACGCCAUACAGUCCGGACAGGGAAUAUUGCUUACCAAAUAAUACUACAGCGAACAGGUUGGUUGAAAUUCUUUCGUUAGGGGGAAAUCGAUUGAAUUUACUGAGAUACUAGAAUUAUGAAAAGUUCAGUUUGAAGGGUAUGCUGUAGAGGUAGAUUCACAUUGGGUUGACGGUAUUAGCUGCAACUUUCAAUUCAAGUCUGCAGAUUGUAAAUUCUUCAAGAUUGAUAGUUCAGAAUUUUGAAUGCUUGGUCAACGCAUUCACUAAACUUAUCAGGGUAAAAAUGCUGUCUAAAAAUGAGAGGGAAAACAUGGUACGGCAAGAUAAAGUUCAUGCCCGCAUUGACUAAAGAGUAGAAAGUAACUGAUGGAUUCAGUGGAGAGAUAUAGAACUACAUUUACGGUAAACGUAAGAUUACGUUUGACAGUCUUAAAAUGUAACCCUGACCCCAAACAAUACUCAAACAAUUGAAAGAAUGACAUGUCAUUGUUUUCUGCGACCAAUCAGGAGAGAGCUUACGAGCAGCUCCUACACAACUGCUUAAAAUAAGCAGACAAUUACUUUGCCAAAUAAUUCUAAGGGAUGAAUGGCGCAAAAAAAAAAAAUACUUAUUUUUGUACGGUACUCAGUAAUCAACAAUACGUGAAAAUUAACGAGUAUCUCCCUUGCUGAUUGUUUCUCUUAAGGCUGUUUUCUAACUUUCACUAACUUUUUUUCCCCUUGUUCACCAUCCAGGUGUCCUCUAGAUUACAGUGGAAGCAGAAAAGGAAAUGCUUAUGAAACUAUGAAUAUCUUGUACCUGAGGUAAUUUUUCAUUCAUCUCUUACACUCCAGUUUUUAUACUCGCAAGGAUAAUUUUUUUGCGGAGGACGAAGAUUAGGUUGUUGUUGAUGAUGAUGAUGGUGAGUGGAAUACGCGCUGGCUCAUGGCGACUAACCUUUGCCUCUCGGCAUUUAGGAAAUCUCUAGCUUUUACACUUUCCACUCGUAUUUCAGAGGUUUAGAGGCUAUGCUCUCCCUGAAGGGUUUUCUUAGAGCACAGCCUUGUCUUUUGUUCUCCGCAUGUCAGGAGACGGCAGUGCUCUUACAGACGUGGUAGCCAAAUGGUUACUGCAUCGGACUUUGGAUCAAGGGGUCCGUGUUCAGGCCCUGCCAGGGUCACUGUGUUGUGUUCUUGGCCAAGACACUUUAUUCUCCUCUCGCAGGGCCUGAUCGCCCUAGCCAGGUUUAUAAAUGGAUACAUGCGGAAUUGAUGUUGGGGUUGGUAUAAACCUGUAAUGAGAAUAGUCGUUGUCGCGUCAUGCUAAAGAAACUGGGUGAAUCUCCAGCGUGAUGAGCCAUUUGUCUUAAAAGCAGACUUACUCUCACCAGUGGACGGCUGAAAUAAUAACUACCAUUACUAUCUUUUUUGAUGUUUCUAGUGCUGAUAACGCCAGUGAAUCGAACAAUCUUGAGACUGAAGACGUCAAAGCGUAUGCAAGGUAUUCAUUCAUUUCCACGCUUAAAAGUUACCAUUUUUUGUGUUCGUCACACAGUGCGUUUUAGGUAUCGCUAAUCCAUUGUGGUAUGCAGGACGCGUGUCAUACAUCUACCUAGUAAGGAGCUUUGUUGUCCAUGAGUCUCUUCGUAACCGAGUGAAUAGAGUGCCGACCAAGCAGUCAAAGUUUUGAACGCUAACAGGGACUGACUUAAUCUCAGGAUAUUCUUCUUCGUCCAAUGAUUGCCACGUGAUGAUCCUUCUAAUUUUCCCUAGACCUGUCCAGUUUGUAUACCUUAAUUCUGCACGUUGAGGUUUGUUAUUUAACCAGUUUAAUUUCAUCUUACAUUGUAGCUGUCCUGUGGCUCCAACUUCACCGAAAGUGACGGAAAACCCUCUUUACAAAAGGUAAGCUUCAGUCUCUUUGAGCCCUUGUUUAUUAAUUAUUACGGAUAAAACUAAAAAAUGCCAUAUUUUUAUAUGUAAUUUAAUGGCAAAUCAAGCUCAUUUUCGUAUGGGAGAUCCCAACUUACGCUAACUGCUGAGACUUCACACCUAGUAUUUUCCACCCUUCCGUUCCUGAUACAUUUUUUGUAAACGUGAACUCUGCAGACCCUUAACGUUGCGAGACGUACAGUUCAGUGAGCAUAAGUGAUAUUUUUGUAAGUCACUUUGACUCACAUGCCAUUGAUGCUGUAACUAUAAACAAGUUAUUUCUUUUAUUGAGUCAAAUGCAGUAAAUGAUGGAAUAUGGACAAUGGCAAAUUGGGAUUUCGAGUAGCUGUGUUUCUAUUUUUGUAAUCUCUAUUUCAUGUUUUGUUUCCAGAGUUGCUCCUCCAUUCAGUGGUCCAAAACCCGCUACACAAAGAUAUGAACUGUAAGUAUUCUCAGAUUAAAGAAGAGAGUUGUUAGUUUUAUUACAUUGUGCCAGUGGAUGCAGGAUGUCAGGGUGUUUUGGACACCCCAAUUGAUGGACGAAGGUUUGAAGAGCGGCUAAGGAAGUAAUCUUACUUCGUUUUGUCACUGUCAACAAAUGACAUGCAUUAGUAGUAUAGCGAGGAUAAAAUUAACAUUUUUAGUAGAUCUUCCAAUUCCUUGUUGCUGGAGUACUCCCAGUUCUGACUGCAUUAGUGUAAAUAGUUUUAAAACCGUGUAAACGCAGACAAACAUUCAUCAAUGGUUUCCGUCUACCUGUGAACGGCCGUUAAUUAAUUGAAAUGUUGGCAAGCACGCUACUUAGACUGUUGGGUAGAUGAGUCAUCAGUUGUAAACGGAAAAAUAUCAUUCACGCUUGAACAUGCAGCCGGCUGUGAAUACUCUGUAGGCUUUGGCAUGGUUAGGUCAGUCGGUAGAGAGCUGGACUGUAGAACGAAAGGUCACGGGUUCGAUCCCCAGGAAGAGAGGGCGUAAAACAAAAUGGAUGCAUUCUUAGCGAUGCACAUUGUUUCCUUUACAAGAUUUUCAGUUUGACAGUUUUAUAACAGACCUCUUAGGGCCUCUUCAUAUGAGCCCAGUUGACCGGGCUGGUCCGGUUUCCGAGAUCUCGCCUCACCUCUAAAUCCUUUGUAAAAUUUUCGAUGUGUUCAUAUGAGAGGGCGGGCUGGCUCGGUUCCCGAGAUCUCGGUUUUUUCGGUAAGCGGGCUGGAAAUUUUGCCAUAUGAACACUUCAUCCCGGUUACCGGGAUGAACGGCGGGAUGAAUUCUGGCGGUCCGGAUGGCAUCGUCUUGCGUUUCCUACUGUAUUUUCCACAUCAUAAGUAUCCCAUUUAACUGCAGUGAUACAGCUUUAAGAGUUACCGAUGCUAAGAUAGGCCCGAAAGUUAAAAUUUUUGUGUUUCGCUAUGUUUGCCUUAACUUUCCUAAAUUUGGCGCCAGAACUCGUCCCCAGGAUCUUUGACCUUUUCUCAUCUCGGAAACCGGGCUGAAAUUUCUCAUAUGAACCCAAGGCAAAAUUCAUCCCGGUAACCGAGCCAACCCGGUCAACCGGACUCAUAUGAAGAGGCCCUUAGCUUGAAUGUUUUGUUUUCUCAAAGUAGGUCACGUAGUGCCCUCACGGGAAUUUUUCCUUUGUCUUUUUUUUACCUAAAUAAGCACGUGAAUGGCUAUUGUGCAACUUCUAAUCUUGGGUAUCGUAUGGUACUAAGGGUAACCUUUAACAAGUUUGGGCUUUUCGUCAUUCGCCUGCCUUUUUAGCGUUAUCUUGAAUUACAUCACAGGCAGACCAUGGUUACGUGCUUGGCAACGAAAAAAGCUCACUUGUAGCACGCUUCACAGCUUAACCCGCGCAACACCUAAUAUAUUGUUGAUAAAUGGAUAAUCCAACCGACCGGUGUGGGUAACCAAAAAGAAAACAGAGUUCUGAACUGUUUGUUGACGUUUUACUACUCGCUGGGCUUUGCAAACAAUUUGUUUCAUGUAAGAAUGAUGUAGCUUGUUUACUGAUGUUUGCGUGACACAUUUCGCCUUAUUGGUCAAUCUCGACUCAGAGCUCUUCUGCGCACACAGAGAGUUUUCAUCGGCUCGCGCAUGCGUUAGGGCUGACAUAGCCCCUUUAAAAUGUCCCCGGAUAUAAAUUUUCCUCAUGGAGAUAUCAUCGAAUUUACUCUGUGGCAUUUUCGUCUACAUCCAAUCAAAAGUUAUUCUUACUUUAAACACACUUUGUGAUGUACGAUUACUACUAGUUCAAGACCUACAUUGGGAAAACUUAACUUACAAGAUAAAGAGGUCUAUUAGAUAAAGAAAGUAUUCGUAUUAAAAACACGGGAAAUCUCUUCGUUAACACUUUAAUCAUGACUGUAUUUUAUUUACACUUGUAGGGUGAAGCCAUUCUCUGAUGAAGAAGCAAGGUAAGAUCAAGAUCUUUACAUUUACCUGAUCCAGCUCAUUAGAAUGAAGAGCACCCCUCAUUCUCGACCAGCCCGACAUUUUUGUGUAAUUUAGGCGCGUUUCACGCUGUUCACACCAUUGUAUUCUUAAACAUCACUCUUUCUCAGUACUUUAAUGGGCGUUGUGCCUUUCUUGUGAGUUUGCGUCUGACUUGCCUUUCAUCAGUAGUAUGUGAUUUUUUGACGGGGAUUUGCUAUCUUUAGUCCUCCAGAUAGCCCUCUUCCCGAAGUCAGAUCCAUUCAAAACCCAAACUACGAAAAUACGCUCCCACUUACGGUAAGUUUCGUUUCAUAUUUUCCUUUUUGUUUUCAAUUCGUCAUGUUUCUGCCUUGUGAGGAACCUAUUCCAGUGGUAUUUUUAUCAUGGCAAUUCUUGUGAAACGUUGGUGCAAUUCUCAGCGUGCAUCAUUUCUCUUCGACGAACGGCGCUUCCGACAUCAGUGAGUAGACUAACGUGAAACUAACAGUGGAUGCUUAAAGUACCUUCCAGUGAUUGUCAGUUGAGUAAGGCGUGAUGGACUGGUUCAACUGAGAUUUCUCAUUUGAAACUUUCGGAACAAUUUUUUCGCGCUCAUUUUGCCUUCAUAAUUGAUUUCUCAGCCACGUUAUCAUUUUUUCUAGGAGUUUCCCUUUGGCAGUUGAUUUCUUUCAAAAUCCCAUUGACGUCCGGAAAUUUUUGUAGUGUUAAUUUGCAUCUGCUUAAAUUGCAAUUACCACUGCGACGAUCAUAUCUUCAUUUAAAUUUGUAUUUCCGCAGUUCACAUCAUCUUCAUUCUAAGUUUCAUUCCUUUCGCGGGUUAAGAUGAACUCAACAAGUUGGCCUACUCCCAAAUGCAAUGUGUGGGUCUUUAUAGCUCAGCUGGUAGAGCACCGCAGCGCUAACGCAAAGGCCAUGGAUUUGAAUCCCGUUGAAGUCCCCAAAUUUUUUUCGGGUUAAUUUGCAAUUGCUUGAAUUGCAAUUACCACUGCGACGAUCAAAUCUUCAUUUAAAUUUUGUUAUAUUAGUCAGCUGGUUUAAGCGCUUCCGACCCAGUAAAACUUGCGUCACCUAUAUUUUAACUGAGGCUUCUUUCUUUUCACUCACCCAUGAGUAGAACACUACGCAACUACUUUAAUUAUCAUCAUUUUUAUCCCUUUCCUCUUGCAGACCCGUGAAAACGCCCUUCCAGAUGCAAAUUGCUGA